UAACAAAAUGAGCAAAUUUCAGCUGCCCUGAAUUUCAUUGGGUGUCAAUGAUAGUGGUAGUGUAGUACUGUAGAGCCAAAUGGUUCGAAAGAAGCCGCCUUCGUCGAAAUCAAAACCAUUCGCAGCCGCCGAGAAAACGGAAAACCGGCGGCCGAGCAACUCCGAGAGGUCGGCUUACUUCGCGAGAAGAGAAGCGGCCAAGGUCCUGAGGAGCGUUCUCCAAGGCGACGCCAAGCGCCAAGCUGUUGGUUCCAUCAAAUCCCUCGUCUACAGCCCCUCCAUUAAGAACAAAAAGGCGACUUUUGCUCUCGUCUGCCAAACUCUCAAGCAUUUACCCAUUAUUAAGGAUGUGUUGGAGUCUGCUGCCAUACUCAAUAGCAAGUGGAAGAGGCAAGAGGAACUAAUCUCCAUAAUAGUGUAUGACAUUCUAUUUGGGCAGGAAAUCUCAUUGGUUGGUGGUGAUGCGGAGAAGUUUCUCAUUGGCAGGAAAAAUGCACUUCAGUCAGCGCUGGCAAAGCUUUUAGUAAGAAAGAAAGUGAAAAGCAUCGAAAAUCUGAUUGCUCUUUACCAACCUGCUGAUGUUUCAAAACCUUGUUGUGUUCGUGUAAAUACUCUGAAAUCAGAUGUUGAUUGCGCAUUACGUGAAUUGGGGAAACAGUUCACGGUUCGGAAGGAUGACAUUGUACCUGACCUGUUGAUACUCCCUCCACAUACUGAUUUACACAAUCAUCCUCUGGUCUUGAAUGGAAGUGCCUUUUUGCAAGGAAAGGCAAGUUCAAUGGUGGCAGCAGUCCUUGCGCCAAAGCCAGGGUGGGAGGUUCUUGAUGCAUGUUCAGCUCCAGGAAACAAAACUGUCCAUCUUGCUGCUCUUAUGGGAGGAAAAGGAAAAAUUAUAGCAUGUGAGUUAAAUAAGGACAGAAUUAAACGUCUAGAAGACACUGUCAGACUCUCUGGUGCCACUAACAUUGAGAUUCGGCAUGGUGAUUUCUUGAACUUAAAUCCAAGAGAUUCGUCUUUCUCCAAGAUCCGUGCUAUUCUUUUAGAUCCUUCUUGUUCUGGUUCAGGGACUGCUGCUCAGCGAUUAGACCAUCUACUUCCAUCUCAUGCCACUGACGUUACCGACACAGAAAGGCUGAAUAAGCUUUCAGCCUUUCAAAAGAAGGCUCUGGCUCAUGCAUUGUCAUUCCCUGCAGUUGAAAGAGUUGUUUACAGCACAUGUUCUGUCAACCAGAUUGAAAAUGAAGAUGUGAUAAUAUCAGUUCUCCCUCUUGCGGCAUCCCAUGGCUUUCAGCUGGUCACUCCCUUUCCUCAGUGGCAUCGUCGUGGUCUCCCAGUUUUUGAAGGCUCUGAGCAUUUACUUCGAACAGAUCCGAUCGAGGAUCAUGAGGGCUUCUUCAUUGCUCUUUUUGUCAAGAAAAGUAGCAUUAAUGAUUCAGAAGAACAAACUGGAAUUAGAAAUACUCCCAGAGCUCUUACUACUAAGAAACCUCAUUUUAAAAGACACAGCCAUGCGAACAGAAAAUUUUCUGUUAUACCUGCAGUCUACAGUGGAGUAUUUAAAAUAUGGAAUUCUAGACUAGUCAUGAAAAGGAGAAUCCGCAGAACAAAAGGGCUUCCCUGACCUGCCGAUUAAUUUUGAGGCACCUUCUUUCUCUUUUCCUUUUUAGAUAAUUGAUUGAAAAUUCAGGAGUAAUCUCCACUUGCAAAGAUUUCCGGUCCUUUUAUUAAUUGUUAAACUGGUCUUUCUUGUUUUCUUGCC